AUGCCUGCUCAUCAAAAAGCUGAGGUUGAUGCAUAUACAGCAACCGCCUGCAAACGAAACACACAAUGCUCGGCUCACCCUUCCCCCAGCCGCCAGUUCUUUUCGAUUCCGAAGCGCCCGUGCGACUCCGCGCUUUUUCACUACGGCGUCACGGGCAGCGACCGCAAGCAACCGCGGGUUGAGCCGCGCUCCGCCGGUACCACGCGGGCGCUCCCCAGCCUAGCACGGGCUCCGCAUGCUCGGCGCCGCACAAAGGCCGCCCCUGGGCCCGGCGGAAGCGGCGGAGCCGUGAGGAGCUCCGCCCCGCCGAACCGCCCGCCUCGGCCAGAGCCGAGCGCUGCUCCUGGCGGCCCCGGGCCUUCCGCCCGCCACGCUCCACUCAGCGCGGAGUUCCGGGCGGAACGCUUGCCGGCCCGACUCCCGCCCUCUUCCCCUCCCCGCAGGUUCCGCAUGCUGCUGCUCUGCCGGCCCUUCCGUCUCAUCCGCGCUGCGGGCCGCCCGCCCUCCCGCUCCAUCAUGAACCUCAGCGAGCUCGUUCCCGCUCUGAAUGACUUCGCUUCCCUCUCCCUGGCUGAGAGCUGGGACAACGUGGGGCUGCUGGUGGAACCCAGCCCUCCCCACGCCGUGCGCACCAUGCUUCUCACCAACGACCUCACCGAGCAGGUGAUGGAGGAGGCCGUGCAGAAGAACGCAGACCUCAUUCUCUCCUAUCACCCUCCUAUCUUCGCACCGCUCAAGCGGGUUACGUGGAGGACCUGGAAGGAGCGGCUGGUGGUCCGUGCUCUGGAGCACAGGAUCGGGAUCUACUCACCACACACAGCGUACGAUGCCGUACCGCACGGAGUCAACAACUGGCUGUCCAAAGGACUCGGUGCCUGUACUUCUGUUCCACUGCACCCAUCAACUGCUCCAAGCCAUCCGACUGAGGGCACUCACCGGGUGGAGUUCUGUGCAGACACUGUGGAGCAUCUAGAGACAGUGCUGUCCAAAAUCAAAGACAUCCCAGAGAUCUUCUGUCUCACCACUCUCCCUGUCAGGGUUGAUGGGGAGGAGCAAACACGAGUCAGUCUGAACUGCUCUCAGAAGGCACUGCUGGAAGUGGUGGCAUUAUUGUCCCAGAACAGCCUUCUUUAUCGCAAGACUGAGAUUCUCUUAUUACAGAAGCCUCUUCUUCCGCAUACUGGAAUGGGACGUCUCUGCACACUGAGUGAGCCAGCCUCCUUGUCAGACAUAAUUGAGCGCAUCAAAAGCCACCUAAAAUUACCCCACGUCCGCCUCGCCGUGGGAGCAGGCAAGACACUUGAUUCUCCAGUGAAGAAAGCUGCUCUGUGUGCUGGUUCUGGGAGCAGUGUCCUGAAGGGAAUGGAAGCUGACCUCUAUCUCACAGGAGAGAUGUCCCACCAUGACGUUCUGGAUGCAGUUGCCAAUGGUAUAAGUGUUAUUCUGUGUGAACACAGUAACACUGAGCGAGGCUUCUUGUCAGAGCUGCGUGACAUGCUAACGAUCCACCUACAGAACAAAAUCAACAUCAUUCUGUCUGAGAAGGACAGAGAUCCCCUGCAGGUGGUUUAAGAGGGAGGAGGGGAAAAAAAAAUAAAAUGAAGUGAGAGAGCAGAGUCAAGAGUUCAAUAGUAUCCCCACACAGAGCUAUCCAAAUGCAAGCUGAAUGAAGAUGCUCUGAAUUGGUCAGUAUAGCAUUGUAUUCUGUGUUCACCCGAUGGUUGGACUAUAAAUUGUCAUCUAUCAGAUACAUAAUAAAUGCUUGUUUCAGGCUACUGAAAGAUGAUUUACUCAAUAAAUGGGCUCUCACUUGAAUAAAUUUACUGUUACAAUAUACUAUUAUUACAUAUAUUUAAUAACCACACCACUCAAGGCUUAGAGGGGCAAAAUAUAAAAAUCUGACUUAGCUCCACUUUCAAGCAUACACAGCAGUUCUCCCUUACUGUGGUUGUGUCAACACAAGUCUCUCAAAUUUUAGCCAAUAAAGCUCUCGAUAAUAGUUAAAGCAGUAUUGACCAUGGUUUGCAUUAACAGUUUUAAUAAGACACAGCUCAUAAGUAUAUGCAGAGCACAAUUCAGGCAUUUGGUGCUAGUAUUCAAUUGCAAAACCUACCAUUAAUACAAAAGUAAGGGUGGUGGUUGCUUUGGGUUUUUUUUAAUUUGUUUUUCAGUGGAGGGUCCCUCUAUUGAAAAACUUUGGAAGUAUUUUUUUAAAAUAUGCUAUAACACCUCCCGUUCUCAGGCGGAUUAAUUAAAUAUGUUUUUGCUUUCUUUUAAAAACAAUUCCUAUAGUUGUGGCUCUCAAUUACAGGAUUACUACAACUGAACAAGUAGAUUUCCGUUAUCAGUAAUGAUUGGAAGGGUUUGAUGUUUCAUUUGCUUCCUUUUUCAUUUUUUUUUUUUUUAAGAAAAAAAAUCUCCCUGUUGAGUAUCUUAAUAUCCCUGCAUUACAUACACACUAGAAUAUUUAAACAGGCUGAAAAUACUUCCAUAGCAAAUUAAUGAACAUCUGAGUGGCAUCUUUUUAAAUUUAGUUAAUAAAACUGGCUUAUUUAGCUAGGUCUUUUCUGUGUUGCAUACAGCAACUCAGUGCAUUUGAGUCCUGUGUGAACCUGCAACUUAGACUGAAAACUGCAUGAAGAUUUAACUGCAGUAGUUAAAAUCAUCAGGAUUCUAGGAAAUAUUUUUCUGUAACUUCGACUCUCAGCAGAGGGUCUAAGAGAAGACCAUGCCUUUCCUCAGUGGAGCACUGCUGGAAGUACCCUAAUAAAAUGUUCAAGAUGCUGUGCUACCUAGGCUUUCCUAGUGGUCUUACACACAGACACUGCCUUGGAGGCAAAUCUCUCCAGAACUUUGAUGUGAGGCUGUGACCAAACGCUUGCCACCACAAGCUGUAAUUCAAUACAACUUAAUCACACUGUCCAAGCAUUUUAACCCCCCUCUUUCAUACCUUCCUUUGCUCUCUCCUUCAAUAAAACAACUUCAAACCAUGACACCACCAGCCUGCUUCACUUCAAGAACGUGUUCAACCUUGCAGGCGUACUUAGCAAAGUGAUGUGAUUUACAGGGAGAUCUCAACCCACACGGUACAAGGGAACUAGUCAUACUUCUUCAAACUGACUGGCAUCAAUUAAUUAAAUAAAACCUCGGUAGAAGGCAGCAUUGCUGCAGCCUGAAACAAGUGCUUACAUUUCAGUUUUUUCUACUAGAAUAAAAAUUGAAUUCUCAGGCAUAAUAGAGGUGAUGCUUUAAGAGUAAUUUUAUGUCUACCUCCAUUAAAAUACAAAUGAAAAAAGAUGGCUAAAUUCACUAUUAUCUGAAACUGCUAAGGUGACAUAAAGACAAUCAUUCUUAUCAACGCCACAAAGACAGCUAAAGAUCAAAGUGAGAGAAGAUUUCUUCCUUUCCAAAUAAAAGGGGGCUGCACAGCUGUCAGAGCAUUUGUUUUUGAACUCUGCAGCUAACGUAGCACUGGACAGUUUUAGUGGUUCCAAUGGUAGCCUAAGCAGCAAUAGGAAGGAUCUAACGUGUUUUGCAGACUUUUAGAAUUGCAGCCUGUAAAACACAGAUGCACAUGCCUCCAAAGUAGAAAGUCAGCUGAAAAUCAUAGAAUCAAUAAGUGAUAGAAUCUGUCAAGUUGGAAGGGACCCUUAGAGAUCAUCUAGGCCAACUCCCCUGUAACGAACAGAAACACCCACAGUUAGAUCAGGCUGCAUGGCACCCGGUCCCGCCUGAUGUUGAACUUCUCUAAGAACGAGGCAUCCACCAUCUCCAGGCAACCUGUUACAGUGCCUCACCACCCUUAUUGUAAAAAAGCUUUUUCCCUAUAUCCACUUUAAAUCUCCCCUCUUUUACAUUGAAACCAUUUGCCUUGUCCUGUCAGCACAGACCCUGCUAGUCUGUUCCCUUUCUUCUUAUAGCCCCUCUUUAAUUACUGAAAGGCUGCUCUCAGUUCUCCCCAGAGCCUUCUCCAGGCAGAAAAGCUGCAGCUCUCUUAGCCUGUCCCCAUAAGGAGU